UCGGUGUCAAUCUGAUCCCAGAUCGGUAUCCUCAGCGCGCUCCCAUGCGGUGACCACGUGUUUCUGUCCGGCCUGCCAGCGGACCAUGUGAAGCAGCAAGAUGGCGGCGCGGUGGAGGGGGAAAGACGGGGAUUUAAAUGCCGGCAACAUCGACUUUCAGGCCAACAACACCCCCAGUGAGUUAGUCCUCUGUAGGCAUCAUGUGAAAGGUGUGGAAGUGGACACACAAUCCUGUAUGGAUCAGUCAAUCCUGGCUAUAUUUGAGGACUCUACAGUUGUAUCAGAGGAUAAGAGCAGAUCAGAGGAAGAGAGGGAGACCCUGCUGUCAGCCCUGACGGAGAUGCUUGACAGUGUAGAGGAUGAUGAUGGGACUCCCUUUGACACACUGCCAGACACCAAGCUCCUCACCCAGUCGGAGUGCAGGGACAACUCAGUGGUGGGUGCACUCUCAACAGAACUUUCACUUACUGACAGACUUAGACCAAGAUUCAAAUCAUCAAACACAACAUUCACAAUUAACACUGAUGGUGAAAAGGAAGAUGACAGCAAAAUAGUGAAGAACGACCCUCCACGGCUGUUCAGACAACAACAUCAGACAAAAGCAAAAGCUGAAAUCGAGGUCUUCACCUCAACAUCUCUCGUCAACCUGGUGAAGAUCAUGCACCCCUACUGUCUGAAGCUGCAUGUGGAAGAGGAGGGGGAUAAGCUGAGGACAAACCACACCUUCUUCUCUCAGGAAGAGGUGUGGAAGUAUGAGAGACCCACUGAAGACAGCGAUGAAGAGAUAAAUGUUGUGUCUGAUGAUGAGGUAACUGUGUUAAAGACAAAGGAGGAAACAAAGUGGGUUGAAGCAAGCAGUAGGAGUGCACUUCUGAAGAGCGUGUUGCUGAAUGGGAAUUCAUCCAGAGACCCUCCAUCCAGAGAGAAGAAAAGGGUGAGCUUUGGCCCCGUUCAAGUGGCUUCAUUUGAUGAGCCGGUGGAAAGGGGAUUGAAUGAGAAAAAUGCAACAAGUGGGCAUGCAAGUGAAACUGUGUCAGUUCCACUGAACAGCACAAAAGCACUUGAAAAUCUGGCUGCCUCAGCACUUGAACAGUCCUCAGAAAUGAGCAGUAAGAAAGCUGAGGUUCUGCCACCAAAAGGUGAGACAAAGGCCAAAUCACUAAGCCUCCAACAGUACAGACAGCUGCGCCAAAAGAGACAGCCCCUGGUGGAGACACAGGAAAACUACACCACCAAGUGGCCCUCUGUUUCCGAGCCCCCCAAGGAGCUGACCCCCAUCCUCUGUUUACAGGGACAAAGACUAAACAGCUGUGCACCAAAGACAGCACACCCUUAUACAGAGGGUAGGAGAAGUGGUGCUGAUCAACUCCAUGGAUCACAAACUCCUGGUUACAAGACUGGUCGCGGCUCUGCUCCAUCCAGGCCUCACCCCUCAGAGGCCAAACCAUCCACCCCCAAGUACCAGAGGAAUGAAUCCAAAAUGAUCUCCCCUGCUAGUCUGCUGCCAGGCGUCACAGCUCAUCCAAAUGUUUUAGCGCCUGAAAGCAAAAUAAAUCCUGUAAAGAAACCAACGUUGCUCAGUAGUGAUCCCCCAAAUCCUGUCCUUCUCCCACUGUCAGUUAGCCAAACAACAUCACCAUCCACUGACCUCUCCUCAUCAGAGUCCAAAGAGGAAUUCUCCAUUAGAAACUCCAGCUUUGACAACACCAGGCACUUUCAAGAAAUUGAAAAGAAAACCUCAGGCGCAUCUCUUCAACAAAAGCCAUCCUCCUUAGGGCCAGAGCACAAAGUGCGGUCAGCAGACCAGGACUGCACCGCCCUGCUUCUGGAAAUUCAAACCAGAUUCGCAAAGACAGCUUCAGGUAUCUCUCCUAGCUCUCCAGCGCUUCGGCCAACCACUACACAAAUCAAAGCUUCUUCAGAGUGCAAGGAACUACAGCCUCAAAAAUGCUGUCUGAACUCAAAAGAAACCAAGCUGGAACCACAGGCUCCUCUGUCACCAAGUCAAGUAGAAAAGGAGACAGUGCUGGACGUGUCCCUCAGCAAAUCCACAUCUGAGGAACCAGUGCCCAGUCUCCAGUUUGGCAGUGGAGGACAGAGUGCAACAGCUGCCUCAGGUAUUGAAGCGCCUGAUCUGACCAGCCUGCUGGAACAGUUCGAGGAGACGCAAGCUAAAGAAGAGGGAGUGGAGCCUCCUGUGGAACAACUUAGACCUUUAAGCACUUCAGAUUCACCUGGGACUCCAAAAAUCCUCAGGAAUUUACCUCAUCUUCAAAUGUCAGAGGCUGUGGACAUCCCAGAGCCUCUUGGCACUGAAGUCAUUCUCAGCACUCAGGGAGAUCUGCCCACAAGACGCAAAAAUCCUCCAUCCAAAGCCAUUCAGAUAAUCGAUCCCCGUCCUCUACCGUCUAGAAAGACGCACAGUAACCUCUCGGAAUUCCCUGCUGUUCUCACGUCUCCUCACAUAUAUUCAUCUAUAUCCUCUGACCACGAUUACUGCGUACCUGUGGGCCGUUCACUUACACACAUAGCUCAGCGUAGCAGAGCCUCGAAACUCAAGGAAAUUUCUAAAACCACUGAUGAACUGCAGGCAGCUGCCCGUGAUUCAAGUGCUGCUGCUGCUGAAUGCAAACAACAGACCUCCACCGCCGAAGUUAACACCACCAUCACGGGGGCUGUCAGUAGCUCUGCAAACUCUGCAAUGCAAAACCUCUUUGACGAAUCCAGGUCCAGACCAGAGACAACCCUGUCGACAGAUAAAGUUCAGUCGCUCUCAGACAACGCUCCCACAGAGCAAGACCGUGGUGGUGCAGCUGAAGACAAGGAGGCCCCAUGCACCCUCCCAACACCUCCACCCAGUCCUAUUGGGAGGGGGAGAGACAGAAGGAGGUAUCGGAGAAAAUCACCUCGUUCUGACUCCAGCUCCAGCUCUUUUUCCUCGUCCUCGUCCUGCUCCAGCUCUGCGUCUCGCUCUCCAAAAAGACAAAAACGCCAUCACAAGCGCUCGGAGAGCAGUUCAUGUUCGUCAUCCCCCUCUCGCUCCAUUUCUCGCUCCAUUUCCCGCUCCCCACCGCGGCGCUGCAGGUGGUCUUACUCUAGAUCCAGAUCCAGAUCGUGGUCGCAGUCCAGAUCUCCAUCCAGAUCUCGGUCACCAGCCAGGCGGAUCUGCCACAGGCAGUGGAGAGAUGUUUACAGCAGCAGAGACUCCAGGAGGCUCAGAAGAGAGCAGGAGAUCAGGAUUCAGAAACUUAAAGCCAUAGAUGAGCGCAGGGUGGUUUAUGUUGGCCGCAUCUGCAGGUCCAUGACGCAUGAUGAACUGAGGGAGCGUUUCUCUCAGUUCGGAGAAGUGGAAUGUGUGUCGCUUCAUUUUAGAGAAAGAGGCGACCACUACGGCUUCGUCACCUUCUACAACAUGAAUGAUGCUUUUGCAGCCAUUGAUAAUGGCAGCAAACUACGGAGGCCCAAUGAGCUGCCGUUUGACCUCUGCUUUGGUGGAAGAAGACAGUUCUGUAAUUCAGACUAUGCUGACUUAGAUGCAAACAAAGAUACAGACCUGUCUCCUGCCAAGAGCAAGUUUGAGGACCUCGACUUUGAUCAGCUGCUUAAACAGGCCCAGAGAGGAUUGAAGAGGUAGCAGAGCUGUGUGGGAGGACAAGAGCACCAAGAUGGAUGUGGCAGAGAUGAAAAGAACUUUUUUUCAUGAACCUCAGAGCUUUAUGCUCACACUUAUGUAGCAAACUUUUGUAUGUUAGUUUUUGCAUGUAUUGGCUCUUAAUAUGCAUGCAGUUUUUUGUGUGUGCACAGUUAAUACGUACAAACAUGUAGCAUUGUUAAUUUGUAAUGUGUAUUAAUGAAACAAUUUUGUUGCAUUCCAUAACACUGAUAAAUUUUCUAUAUUUGUAUAUAAAAAAAUAAUUCAAGCUG